AUGCUUAGAGAGUUUGAACUCACUCGCCACUUACAAGCUAAUUUGUAUGCAGAACGGAUAUAUUAAGCCAACAGAUGUCGGUAGAUUGAUGGCUUCCUACUACAUGGCAUUUGACACCAUCAAGCUGUUUGGCACUAUACAGGGAUCGGAAGCCAUCCAAGACCUGGUGACGCUCAUCUCAAGCUGUCGAGAGUACAAAGACAUCGCACUCCGCGUCAAUGAAAAGAAAGCCCUGAACACAUUGAACGUGGCCAAAAAGCACAUCAUACGAUUUCCAAUGCCCGGUAAAAUAAAAACCAGUGAAAUGAAAAUCAACUGUCUCAUUCAAGCUCAGCUGGGAUGUGUCCUCGUGCAAGAUUUUGCGUUGAUACAGGACACUGCGAAAAUCUUCAGGACUGGAAUCAGACUUACAAAAUGUCUCGCCGAAUUUUUGCAACAAAAGGAUAAACGGAAUAACUUCCAGGCCGUGCUGAAUGCAGUCCAACUCACGAAAUGUUUUCGUGCAAAGCUUUGGGAGAAUUCACCUUCCGUUUUAAAACAACUUGAAAAAAUCGGCUUCUCAAUGUCCAGCGCACUGGUCAACGCUGGAUUGACAUCUUUUGAGAAAAUUGCAAACACUCAUGGGCGGGAAAUUGAGUUGAUAGUGAACAGACACCCUCCAUUUGGGAACCAGAUGAAAGACGCCGUUCAGCAUCUUCCCAAGUACCAAGUCAGCAUGGUGCAGGGUCACCGGCACUACAAGGCUGUGGCUGAGGUGAUGAUCACAGUGGUUCUGAAGAACUUUGCGGAGCUGCAGUCCCAGCGCACAGCUCCGGACAGCCACAUCUGCACGCUGCUGAUGGGCAACUCCGACAACAACCUCGUCCACCGGCAAAUCAUCACAGACGACAUGCUGCUGAGAACGGGGAGUUGGAUGAAGAAGCUGGAAGUUGUUCGGCCGGAAAAAAGUGACAAGCUCGACAUCCACCUUCUCAGCUCGACGUACG